CCUCCCGCCUCGCUCGCCUAGCUCCGGGCUCGCGGCCCCGGCUAAAGCCCGGAGCGGAUUGUAGCGAAGCGGUGGAACGGCCUUGCUUUGCUCCUUGCCUGUUUAAAGUCGCCGAGGCUGGGCAUGCUCAGUAGGCAGGCUCGGUUUGGGUCUACAAGUCGGAAGCUUGUGCACUGCUCCAGCGCCGAGCCGCCGCGGGGAAAAAAUGGAGCCGUUCACCAGCGAUCGGCUUCAGCUCCCCAGGAACAUGAUCGAAAACAGCAUGUUUGAGGAAGAGCCGGAUGUGGUAGAUUUAGCCAAAGAACCUUGUUUACAUCCCCUGGAACCUGAUGAAGUGGAAUAUGAGCCUCGAGGUUCAAGAUUACUUGUUCGUGGUCUUGGAGAACAUGAGAUGGAUGAGGAUGAAGAGGAUUAUGAAUCAUCUGCAAAACUGCUGGGCAUGUCUUUCAUGAACAGAAGUUCAGGUCUUCGGAAUAACAUAACUGGCUACAGACAGGGUCCCGAUGGGGCUUGUUCACUGCCCUCUGCAAGGACCAUGCUAGUUUGUACUUUUGUCCUUGUGGUUGCUAUUUCUGUAAUAAUGGUGAUUUACCUUCUCCCCCGGUGUACCUUUACCAAAGAAGGCUGCUAUCAAAAGAAUCAGCCCAUGGGAUUAAUACAACCUAUUGCAAGUAAUGGGAAGUUGUUUCCCUGGGCACAGAUGAGACUUCCCCAAAAUAUAAUGCCAUUACAAUAUGAACUCACUGUACACCCAAACCUCACCACAAUGAAAUUCGAGGGUUCUGUGGAGAUAAAGAUUCAGGUCCUUAAAACCACUCAGAAUAUUAUUCUGCAUAGCUCUGGGCAUAAUAUCUCUGAAGUAGUCUUCACUUCAGUAGUUCCAAAGCAAGAGAAACCAGUUGAAAUCUUGGAAUAUAAAUUUCAUGACCAAAUUGCAAUUGUAGCACCUGACGCACUUUUGGAAGGCCACAACUACACACUGAAGAUAAACUACUCGGCCAAUAUGUCCAGCAAUUACUAUGGAUUUUAUGGAGUCACAUAUGAAGAUGAAAAUAAGGAGAGAAAGUACUUUGCAGCAACUCAGUUUGAACCUCUUGCAGCAAGGUCUGCUUUUCCUUGUUUUGAUGAACCAGCAUUUAAAGCAACAUUUAUCAUCAAGAUUGUGAGGGAGGAACAAUAUACAGCUUUAUCAAAUAUGCCCAAGAAGUCAUCUGUUCAAAUAGAAGGCAGGCUUGUUAUGGAUGAAUUUUUUGAGAGUGUGAAAAUGAGUACAUAUCUGGUUGCCUUCAUUGUGGGAGAAUUGAAGAAUAUGACCCAGGAGACCAAUGGAAUUCUGGUUUCCAUUUACACUGUGCCAGAGAAGAUUGACCAAGCCACAUCUGCUCUUGAUACAGCAGUGAAGCUUCUUGAAUUUUAUCAGCACUAUUUUGAAAUCAAGUACCCUCUUCAGAAAUUAGAUUUGGUAGCUAUUCCUGACGUUCAGGUUGCAGCUAUGGAAAAUUGGGGUUUGAUCACUUUCCAAGAAGAAACGCUCUUAUGUGAUAAUAACACUUCUUCAGUGAUGGAUAGAAAGCUGGUUACGAGAGUAAUUGCACAUGAACUGGCCCACCAGUGGUUUGGCAACCUGGUAACUAUGCAGUGGUGGAAUGAUCUUUGGCUAAAUGAAGGAUUUGCUACUUUCAUGGAGUAUUUCUCCUUGAGCAAAAAUUUCAUACAGUUAUCGAGUUAUGAGGAUUUCUUGAAUGUUCGUUUUAAGACCAUGAAGAAAGAUUCUCUGAAUUCAUCUCAUCCAACCUCAUCUUCUGUUCAGUCUUCAGAGCAAAUUGAAGAAAUGUUUGAUUCGCUUUCAUAUUUUAAGGGAGCAUCUCUUUUGUUAAUGCUGAAAAGUUUUCUGAAAGAAGAUGUAUUUCAGCAUUGCCUCAUACUUUAUUUACACAAUCACAGCUAUGCAUCUAUUCAAAGUGAUGACCUUUGGAAUAGUUUUAAUGAGGUCACAAAAGAAAAUCUGGAUGUAAAAACAAUGAUGAAAACUUGGACCGUGCAGUCAGGAUUUCCUUUAGUGACUGUUCAAAAAAGAGGGAAACAAAUUUUAGUACAACAAGAGAGAUUCUUUCUAAGUACUACAAAUUCUGGAAUUCAUCCUUUGGAUUCAAGCUAUCUAUGGCAUAUUCCACUCUCCUACAUCACUAGUGACCAUAAGCCACAAGAGUAUCCAUAUGUGACAUUACUAAACAAAAAAUCAGAUGUCCUCAAUCUUACAGAAGACGUGCAGUGGUUUAAGUUCAAUGUGGAUAUGACUGGAUACUACGUAGUACACUAUGCAGAUCCUGACUGGGAAGCAUUAAUUAAGCAAUUACAAAGAAACAUUAGUGUCCUGAGUGACAAAGACCGAGCUGGCCUUAUCAACAAUAUAUUUGAACUUUCAAGCCUAGGAAAGGUGCCUUUGAAAAAGGCCUUUGAUCUGAUUGAUUACCUUGGAAAUGAAACUCACACUGCACCCAUCACCGAAGCCCUCAUUCAAACUGAUCUUAUCUAUAACCUGCUGGAAAAAAUUGGAGAAAUAGAGCUAGCCAGAAGAACAGUGACCAGGGUGGCAAAAUUGCUGCAACACCAAAUCCAACAACAAACUUGGACCAAUGAGGGGACCCCAUCAAAGAGAGAACUUCGGUCAAUCCUGCUUAGCUUUGCCUGCACCCAUCAUCUGGAGAACUGUAACACAGAGGCCAUGAAGCUGUUUCAAGAAUGGGUAGAUUCCAAUGGUACUAAAAGCCUGCCGACUGAUGUCAUGUCAGUGGUGUUCAAGGUGGGAGCAAAAACUGAGGCAGGCUGGACCUUCUUGUUUGAAAAGUAUGGCUCUUCAGAAUCAGAAGCUGAAAGAAACAAAAUCCUUAAAGCUCUUGCCAGCUCAGAGGAUGUACGGAAACUUCACUGGUUACUGAAAGCUAGUCUUGAUGGAGAUAUCAUCCGGUCACAGAAACUGUCCCUCAUCACCCAAACUGUUGGUCGAAGUUUUGCCGGGCAUUUAUUGGCGUGGGAUUUUGUCAAAGAGAAUUGGAAUAGGCUUGUGCAGAAGUUCCAUUUAGGAUCCUAUACCAUUCAGAGUAUUGUUGCUGACACAACUCAUCUGUUUUCAACAAAGACACAUUUGUCUGAGGUACAGACGUUCUUUGAAGCCCAGUCAGAGGCAACCUCACAACUCCGUUGCGUCAAGGAGGCCAUUCAGAUCAUCCAGCUGAAUAUCCAGUGGAUGGAGAAGAACUUAAAAAAUCUGUCUUUCUGGCUGUAGAGUACAUGACAUCAUCUCUUUGUGUUCACCAUUCAGAAAGUUUGUGAAAUGUUGAUCUGUUGUUGCUUUUGCAAAAGCCACGGUGAAACCAGACGUCACUGCAAUGCUGUUUGCACUAUUAGGUAUUCUAGUGAGCUCAGGGCACAUUCUUUUGAUAUUUCGUCUGUGUUUUCUAGAGUGCCUGUGGGCAGGAUGUAGGCUAUUUAUUAUGGAACCAAACAUCUACAAGAAUUUUUAAAUUAAAAACAUACAAAUGAAAGGGGAUGGGGAGGCGAGACUCCAUUUUGAAACUGGUUUGGGAUCUCAGUAUUGGAAAAGUAUUGACACAGUCAACCAAGAAAAGAGCUACUAUGUAAGCUUUCUUCUUUGCAAAAUUCUUGUUUAUCAGUGUCCCUAAUGCCAAGCCCCUGGUUGCUUCAUGGUUUAUAGACACUGUUCAGAACGUGAGGCCUAGUAAAACCUCGGAAAGUCUCGUAGUGAAGCCAGAUAAUGAAACAUACAGCUAUAAUGAAUUAAAGCCAAGUGUUAGUAUUGGUUUUGGCUUCAAAUUAUGAGUAUCCAAAUGGUUUUAUUUUUUAUUUCAUUUUAAGUAGGAUAUAGAACUGUUGUAUGUAUUUUUGUCUGCUGAGUAGCCAGGUGCUACAGAUAUUAAAAAUAUCUAUUAUAUAUGAAAGCCAAAUAUCAGGAAAGAGUCUAAAUUGUUGGGUCUGUUUUCAUUGCGUGUGUGUGUGUGUAUGUAUGUAUGUGUCUCUUCAUGUAUUCGGACAUGUGUGUAUAUUUACUUUUGAGCACUCCGUAAAACAUUGCCAUAGGAAAUCACUCCAGGUUGGAUCAGAUGUUAAUUGUAGUUAACUUUUUCCUUAACUACUGAUUUUUCCAUGCAGUUUCCUCCCCCCUCCAAAAAAAAAACCCUAAACCAAAAUCACUGUCAUAUACUCCAAUAGCCCAGCCUACUCCCUAACCUUUGAAUUUAGGGACAUAUCAUUAAAUGGUGUGUCUUAUGUUCUGGUAGCACUGGUAUCUUUUAAGUCUGACUCUCCAUUGCUUUAGUUGCAAUACACAUUAAAGAAAUUUUCUCACUAGAUUGUCCUCACUUACAUUUUUUAGUACUUUUAUUUGACUUGAUGAAGAAGUAUAUUGGGUUAUGGUUUUAAUUCAGGACAUUUUAGAAACCAAAAUUUCUCAUGUGAUAUUUUACUUUUUACCUGGAAGAUAGUGUGAAAAGGAAAUAAAAUGAAGCUCAUUAUAAAAAUGUUUGGCUUUGAUUUUUUCCUGGUUUUAAGAAUAGUACAUAAUUCAAAACCUCUUUUUCUGUUAUUUUGAUUAAAGUAACAAUUAGUUUUAAGGAAACAGUAAAGAACUUCCCCUCCCCAAACCCUAAAGCAGGUUGAACUGUGGCAUUCUGACUUUCUCUUUGAGGCUAAGUAGGGGAUACUGUACUUGAAUAAUUUGAACUAUGCAGACACAGUCCUAGAUUAUUGUUUCACUCCUUCUCCAAAUUCUUGUUUCUUUCACAAUUUGCUUUAAAACAAUUUCUAUUUUUAAAAAUAGACCCCUUUGUGUGCACUUUAAAAAUGUGCAUAGUUGAACGAUAGGAAAGGGUACAUUUUUCAUUCAAUAGUAUCAAGUUAUUAGUGGAAUAUCUAUUAUUUUAAGUUAUAUGUGAGAUCAUGUAUGAAAUUAUAUUUUAUUUUGUGUAAGAUAUUUUUAUAUUGAAUUUAAAAGUAACAUAAAUUACAAAAUAACUUUUUUUUUUAAAAAAAGGAAAUGAUGGUCUCUUCUUCUUUGUCCAGUGCAAUUUCUUUCUCGUUCCAUUAAUUUCAGAAUAGAAAACAUAAUAACCUGACAAUCAUGGUAACCAGGGUGUCAUGUUGAGACUAUGGGAAUUUAGGAAUUUUACCUACAUCUAUGCUUAGAAGAACAAGGGACAGAUUAAUCGAUGUGGGAGACUCUCAUGAGCCUAAAUUUGGAAGUCGGGGGAAAAAACAGUUAAAUUUUGGAGGAUUUUUUUUUUACCAUAUUGUAUUAUGAAGUAUUUUACAUUUUUCUUUGAUACUUCUCAGAUUUAGAAGUAGAGGUUCCUUAGCCAUACUUGCCCUUUGUUAUACUGUUUUUUUCAAUAUAUAUAGUACAUUUUCAGGCUCUAAGGCAUUUUUUCUUUUGAAAUUUACUUGUUCUUUUUAACUGUGGCACUAUAAGUGGAACCGAAUACUCUGUGCUGAGCAUUAUGGAAGAAAAGAUUUCUCUUGAUCCAUUGUUGACCUCUUCUUCAGAGGAUGUUUAUUUCCAUGCCUCUGUGUUGUACCCAUUGAGCUAAAUACUUGAUAAAGUGUUAGGCUUAUUCUGAACCCAUGCACAGGACAACUGUUUUUGAAACUAAAGCUCAAAAGAUUAAAGUACAGUGGAAACAGUUUUGUACAAAAUCUGUUUUUUUUUAUCUUUUCAACCUCUAAACUUUGUUGUCUCACCUAAGACAUUGGGAUAGUGAGGCCCAGGAGAUGGAGGCAUAGAAGCCAAAGCAUGCUUUUGCAUAAAUGCAGAUUGAUGCCUGAAAAUUAAAUGACUCUUGAACAAAGUAGAGUGUAUGCCUUGUCCAAAUAGAGUUUGGGCACAUAGCAUGUAGAGUAGAGAAUGGUGAAAGAAAAUCCAUUCAUUUUGAAGCAGUGGACCUUAAGGCUGGUCAAAGCAAAAGUAUGUUGCCCAAAAUGUGUUAUUUUCAAUGUACAAAUGAUUGGAUGUUUUCAUCUGCAAAGCUUUUUGAAACUUCUGUCGUGAGCCAGUGCCUUUUUCCAUUUUAUUAAGCUUAUUUAUAAGCCACUUUUAAAAGCAACUAUGGUAUUUGGGCAUUGUUGGAGAGUUUCAUAUAUUCCAAGAAUCUAUGAUAAUUCUAUUCAUCAGAUUCCAACCUACACUCAUUUUCUUCCCAAAUGGUAGUUUAUUAAUAUCUAUUUUUGUAAAUGUGGAGAAUAAAAUGAGAACAACCUAUACAAUCUUGUUUUCAAAAAUUGAUUGGAUUUAGAAUUAGAUUGAUAAAUAGAACUCAAAAUUUGAAAAUAAUAUGAAGGGAUCUCAAAACCAUAAAUAUUGUGAGUUGAAUUACUCAGCAAGCAUUUAUUUAUUAAGCAUUUAUGGUGCAGAUAGCCUACUGAGAAUAGGGCCAUUGAGUAAGAUUUUUGAAAGCACCAAGCUUAGAAUUAUGCCAUGAAGAACUGUGACCUACAGCCAAACCAUUGCACACUCAGAGCACUUAAAUAUAUAUUUUCAAGUGAGUAUUGCAGGAUUGUAGAAGAUAAAUAAUUUUCAAGGAUAUAGCUAUUUGAGCUAGGUUUUUAGAGUUGCCCUGAGAAUUAAAAUCAGGUGCACUGUAUCUCCCUCCUUCCCUCUAGCCCCAGAUGCUUUUAUUAUCUCCUGGGUGUAUUUGGUAUGGUGAGUGUAUUUCUUUUUUUUCCAAAUGUACAUAGACAUGCAUGUUACACAUGCAUCCAUAAUUUGG